CAUGAUGGAGGCAGGUGCAGUUCUGCUGCUGCUGUUCGCCUUACAGGGGACAGCUUCGGCUCUCAGCUUUUAUGGAGACAGCAUAACUUUCAUGCCUCCACAGAAGAGGACGGAUGGGACAUUUAGGGUGACCUUCCAUCACAGACAGAAUGGCAGGAGCAGUUGUAAAGAUCAGUCGUCCUUCACAUGUGAGUCUGGGGUCUGCACGAGCUUUAAUGAGCUGAGUGUCCUGCAAACGGAACAGGACAACACGGGCCAGGGCAGGUGGUGCCAGUCUGAAGGACACACAACAGCAACCGUCUCAACUAAUGGAACCUCCUUUUCUCUGAGGGGCUCUGGCUGCUGCUGGGUGUCCAAUGUCAACGGGAAAACAAACUGGACAACUCGUGCAGAGCUGGACCUGGGAACUCGAUCUGACUCAUACGCCCUCGACAGCUGUCCUGUGACAACAACAGUGUCUUCUUUAAGGGUGCCUCAGAACUGUUUCUCGAGGAUUCGUCUUCUGGCUCAUGAUCCAGAUGGAGAUAAAGUGAGAUGCCGCUUCAGCUCCGAUGCUCUGGUUCCCUCUAACUUCACUCUGGACGAGACUGAGUGCGCACUGACGAGCACAGGUCAAGUCGAUGUUGGUGUCCAGGUGUUUGAGCUGAUGCUGGAGGACUUCUCCACCAAAAACAUCACUUUGACCUAUGCAGACGGAACGUCAGCGUUUCGGGAGGCCUCCGACAUGAACGCACCCCCUCUCUGCAAAGUAAAGCUCCAGUUCUCGGUGGAGAUCCUUCCUCCAAUACCAAGCUGUGAGAUUGGUCAUGUGCUGCCCAUGUUCCUGUCUAAGACGCCUUCACAUGGUGAAGUUCUUCAUGCCACUGUGGGUCAGACGUUCCAGCUCUAUGCCCAGGCACAGGCUCACCAUGCCAGCAUAAACGACUUCCAGGUCAGCGGCCCCCAGAACAUGAGCAAAGUGUUCAGAGACGACACGAAUGGAAAAGCUGAAGUGACCGUGAGCUGGACCCCGCAGCACAGCGAUCUGUACAGAUUUGUCCCGGUCUGCUUCACCGCAGAGACGAAAGCGACCCAAUCAGAGAUGAGGUGUGUUGUUGUCAUGGUGACUCAAGCAUCUGUCACUCAAGGCAAGGCCACUGUUGAAUGUUCACCCAACAAGAUGAAGGUGGCCCUGGACAAAGCCUCCAUGCCCGACAUCGAUGUGAACUACCUGAAGCUGAGCGACCCAUCGUGCUCUCUCACCUCCAACAACACUCACAUCAUGGGCAGCAUGUCGUUCAGCACCUGUGGCACAAAAGUUGAGGAUAAAGGCGACUUCAUCGCUUUCAAGAAUGAGAUCAACUCCUUCGAGCUGCCCAGCGAGAUUAUAACCCGGAGGAGGACAGUUAAGAUCGGUUUCUCUUGCCAGUUUCCCAAAACCAUCAGCAUCUCCAGUUUCUACAGUCUGCAUCAGUCUGACUACAUCUUCACUGAGUCCAGCUUUGGCAGCUUUGGCUACACCUUUGAGAUAUUCAACGAUGGCAAUUUUACAAGUAAGGUGGAGCCCAGCGCUUAUCCAGUGGAGGUCAAGCUGUUGCAGAAGAUCUUUAUGGGCAUUCAAGCUCAGUCAGAACUACCCAGCGUGAAUUUGUUUGUCGAAUCAUGCAAAGCCACUCCUGACAACAACCCUGAAAACUCCCUCUCCUACGACCUCAUCAAGAACGGGUGUCUAGAAGAUGAGACACUUAAAGUCCACCCAUCGAAUCAGUCUUCGUUCAACUUUGAGGUUCAAGCCUUCAAAUUUACCGGAAACUAUGACCAGGUGUACAUCACCUGCUCCGUCAUCCUGUGCGAGCCUGGCAGUCCCUUUUCCAGAUGUGCUCAGGGUUGUCUGAAGAAUCCAUCCCGCCGACGCAGGCGGGGGCUGAGCAGGGAGACAGUCAGCCACUACAUUACCCAGGGUCCUUUGCAGUUUGUUGGACAGGCUGUUCCCAGUGCAGAAGUGGAUGGUAACGAUGUGAUGAAAAAGAGUGACAAACCCUCCGCAGUGAGUCCUCCACCAGUUUCUUCAGACACCAAAUCAAGCGGAGGAGGCUGGGAUAUCAAGCACAUCCUCAACACCAACAUCAGCACUAUGGUCUUUGCCACUGCCUUCCUGGUAUCAGUGGUGCUGAUGGCUGUGGUUGUUCGUUACUUCAGCAAGAAGAGAAAAGAAGACGACCGCAAUGCUCUUAUAGUUUCAGCCUGGGAGACCUAAACCCAACUCAUCUCAGUUUUACACACCAUUUUCUUUGUUUAUUAAAGGAUGGGUUCAUAUAUAUAUAUAUAUAUAUAUAUAUUUAAAGUCUGUCUUACAAUACUCACAUGUUCAUUCAUUUAUCAUUUCACCUGUUCCCAUCGAUACAUCCCUUUCUAACAUGUUCUGAACAGAGGUGACAGGGGACAAAAGGUUUGUUCUGUGCAAAAAUACAAGGUGAAGUUUAUCUGGAGCUUCAUCAGUCUGAGUCAGAAAAAUCCAGUGAGUGUCUUCUACCACCUCUGUGGACAGUUUUCCAUGCUGCAGUUGAGGGAUAGUAAGACUGCAACUUUGGAGGAUACUCACUUGAUAUUUCUCUCAGACUGAAGAAGCUUCACAUUAGCUCCUCUGUUGAAAUCAUGUUUGGAAGGGAUUUUUUAAAUGGCCAGUAUGAACAGAUGGAAUCAUUUUAUGAAUCUCUUUGGAGCUUAAUAAAUGUCUUUCUGACGGGGCGUCCUAUGGUGGUGGAAGGGUGUUCUAAGAUACCUCAUGCACAGCGACAUUCCCUGAUUAGCAAGUCAUCACAGAUUAUUAUUUUUACUGUCUCAUAAAGAUAAUCUUAAAAAAACAGCAUGAAGCAGCACCUGUCAGCACUGAGGCUCAGACCUCACUGAACCAGUUCCAGACUAAUUAUAAAUAGAUGAACAUUUGUGCUACGGAGAAAACAAAAUUCCACUCUGUCUGGUUUUGCAGGAUUUUUGUUUUGCAAACAUAUUGCCAGAAAUUAUCUUCAGGUGUUGAAAUUUCGGCAAGUGGGUCAAAGAUUGUGCCUUUGACACAUAAAAGGGGGAGAAUGCGUUAUAAUAAUCACAUAAUAAACAUAAUGCUGUGUG